GAGGCCGAGCGUUGGGCAUGCGCGGUGGAGCCGGCAUUGGAGAUGGGUCAGGUCGGUCGGUCGGCUGGAGGAUUUAUAAAGUCAGAUUAAAUUCCAGAAGUAAUCUCCGCCUCCAAUGCCGCAGUGUACUCCGCCAUAGAAAGAUGGAACCCUUAAGAAAGCUCUUGGUUCUGCUGUUCCUUGUGUUCUUGGCGUGCAUUUCAUCGUCAGAAGUCGAUAUUUAUCACCCUCAAUAUGCAAUUGGAAAUCAGGACAUCUUGCCUUCAAGAUCAAGAUCUGGAAAUCUAUCCGACGUGUGUUAUGGAAUUGUAUUUGAUGCUGGAAGCACAGGGACUCGCAUACACGUCUACACUUUUGUACAGAAGAAUCCUGAACCCCCUCAACUGUUCAAUGAAGUCUUUGAAUCAGUAAAACCCGGUCUCUCCGCUUAUGUAGAUGACCCUGAAAAGGGCGCAGAGACUGUGCGUGGACUGCUGAACGUGGCAAAGGAGGCAAUACCUUCAACACACUGGUACACUACCCCAGUGGUACUCAAAGCCACCGCAGGACUACGCCUGCUACCCAAGCAGAAAGCACAAGCUUUGCUGUUAGAGAUCAAGGAACUUUUUGAGGAUUCUCCCUUUCUGGUACCAGAUGACUGUGUUAGUAUCAUGAAUGGUACAUACGAAGGAAUUUUAGCCUGGAUCACAAUAAACUUCCUGACUGGUCACUUGUACAGUACAAAUGAGAGCAGUGUUGGAAUCCUGGACCUGGGAGGUGCUUCCACACAGAUCACAUUCCUUCCUCAAGCUGAGAGUACACUUCACGCUGCCCCUGAAGACUAUAUCAGUUCCUUUCAAAUGUUUAACAAUUCCUACAAGCUCUACAGCCACAGUUAUUUGGGCCUUGGAUUGAAAGUAGCAAGGCAGGCCGUACUGGGAGCAUUGGAAGCAAAAGCAGAUGCGAGCAAAAGAUACAGAAGUUCAUGUUUACCACCGUUCCUGAAGGCUGAAUGGAAAUUCAGUGGUGUCAACUAUAAGUUUGGUGGAAUUAAGGAUGUUCCCUCCAGCUACCAAUCCUGCUACAAGGAAGUCAUUAAGGUGGUACGGAAGAAACUCGAUCAGCAAGAUGAAAUCAAAAAACGUUGUUUUUAUGCCUUCUCGUAUUACUACGAUCGAGCAGUGGAUGCGGGACUAAUUGAUCACGAAAAAGGCGGUGUAAUACUUGUGAAGGAUUUUGAAUUAAAAGCAGAGGAAGUUUGCGAAGACCUCAAUGAGGUAACGACAGGCAGCCCUUUCCUAUGCAUGGACCUAACAUAUAUCACUAUCUUACUCAAGGAAGGGUUUGGAUUCAACGAUGACACAAAACUCCACCUGACCAAGAAAGUGAAUGAUAUUGAGACCAGCUGGGCCCUGGGAGCAGCGUUCCAAUUCAUCCAGUCACUGAAGCCUGCACCCUUGAAUUGAAGAAAAUUCUUAUUAAUGCCAUAUUUCUGGAGCUACUGAUGCACAUAAUUGUCUUGCUUCUUGUAAGCGGUUUACACUUGCCAGGCCACGGAGGAAGUCAUUACGAUGGCACUCACUGAAAAUAACCCAGAGGAGGGGGUUCUCUUGGCUAUGUCGCCCCCCCCCGUUGAUUCACAAGGAAGAUGUGGAAUAAAAGGUUAUUUUUCAUCACCCAUCGAAAACGAUUGAAAAAUAUAAAAGCACAGAAGUUCAUUGACUUCGAAAAACAACAGGUGAUACGCAUGGAUACCCUGUCCCAAAAUACUGCUUUGUGAUCAUUUAUUCAUAACUCUGCUCUCGUAUUGUAUUUCAGGAACAAGCUUUGAGUUUUCAGUAAAGAAAAUAAUAGUAAUACUCCAACGGGGAAUCAAGAAAAUGAAGCUGUGUUCCUUUGAUGGUCAAAAAUGGCAUUGACACCAAACCUGAUCCAACCUAAAUAUUUUUUCGAAAGAAGCUCCUUCUUAAAUGUUUUUAAUCGUUUAAAAUGUUAAAGGCAAUGAUUGUUAAACUUUCCUCUUGAACCACUUUUGGCUCUCUCCCAGCAGAUGAAAGGAGUGCAGAGGGAGAGGCUUAAUUUACCUGUGAAGACUAGGAGUACUAGACUUCACUUUACCUGUGAACAAUAGGAGAAUGCUGCCCUAUCAGUCUUGGAUGUUUACUAACAAUAUUAAUUUGCUGCCCAGAAUUUAAUUCUUGCGUGUUUAGGUCUGCCUCGGGAGAGAAGGGCUGAGGAAAGGCAGAGAAGAAUAGGAUUGGGGAUGGAAUCUCCCUUUCUCUGAUAUCAUCAAUAUUGAGAUUGAUCGUAACUCAACGUGACCUCUCUGUCGACCUCUUGAAUUUCAUGGAAGGUACAAAAUGGAGUUCCCUGGGUACAUGGAGGGUGCAAUAUCCAGCCUUAAUUAGACCAAACCUACACAUUGACUCGUGCAAUAAACAAUACCACAAAUUUUUCUUUUGAGCCCUCUGGUUUGUGAUUCUAUAACAAACAGUAACACUGGAAAGGCCAAAUCAUCUUUUACUGCAACGUGGCAAUUGAACUGUUUCUUUGCCCUUUGAAUGAGAGUUCAUCCAUUUAAUUUAUAAUCUAGUGGGAGAUAAGUUCUUGAACACACCCCUCUAUGUAGCAACGUGCCUCUUAAGUUUAAAACUAAUCUGUUUACAACUAGGUACGGCUUAGUUCUAGAAAUCAUUUGAUUGCAGAAACAAGUGACUGCUCCAUACAAAUUUCUUGCAACUGAACCUGAUCUCUAAAUCCCCCAACAUUUCUGACUUCAUUCUCGCUCCUGUGAAACAAAAUACUUAUUUUUUAAAUAAUGAUUCUUGCACUUAAUUUUGGCUGUAAUUAGUAUUUUGUACAAAAAUUCACUUGUAAUUAUUGCAAAUUUUAAAAGAAAGUAACUUGAGUCAUGUAAAUGCAGUUAUUAUUGAAUGUUUUGUAUCAAAAUUCAAUUUUUUAAAUUAAAGAACAGUUAAGUGUGUG